GGCGAAGGUCCUCAAGUCCAGCGCCAAGGCGAUGAAGGUGCACAGUGACAACGUCCGCCUGGUGAAGCCCGAGGUCACUUUCAAGGCCCAGUGGGUGAGGGAGGUUCUGAAGACGAAGGACGUGACGCCGACGGUGAUCACCCUCCCGAACGGCGUGCUCCGCCCUGACAUGGACAUAGCGCCGUGCACGCCUGUGUCCAGGGCCUGGCUCGGACUCCCGCUGCAGAGCCCGUCGCUCCCUGCUUCCUCCGUGCUGAGCGAUGCGGACGUGCCGAGUGGGCAGUCCUCGCCAUCGAUUAUCUCCGCAGUCAGUUCCAGCUGAGUUUGGCCAGCUUGCAAGUCGCAGCUAAGCUAAUAGGCCUUCGGGGGCGCCCAGCCAGCAACUCUCGCC